UAUACGGUCAGAGGGCCUUUUUGCUCUUACUCUCCGGACUGAAGGCAGCAGUGUAGUUAGUGUAAAGGUCUGUUAUGAAGUUAGUUAUCUUGUAAUGGUGGCUUGGUCGGACGUAUGCUCAGCAGCGCUCCACAGCGUCUCACGAAUCCAUCCAGAUGACUGAUCCGCAAGCGGGGAGGAGUGAAGCAACAAUGGCUUGGUCAGUCCUUCCACUGCAGUCGUAUAUCCUCGUGAUAUUGCUAGCACUUUCAGGAGAAGAACUAACGCUCGUUUCAGCCUGCACGGCUCCAUGGUCUUCACUUGCCGGGACAAGCUACUGUUUCAUCAAGUCAGGAUGGCAUGGAACGUAUACUGGAGCGCAAUGGGUUUGCAAUACUAGACACGGGGGAGCUGUUCUGCCAAGGAUCUACACAUCAACAAUGAAUAAUGCACUGAGAGAUUUCAUGGCACCGCUAACUGAAGUGUGGCUAGGAGCUAGUGAUAGAAAGGUAGAAGGUGACUUCAAAUGGGACGAUACGACAUCGACAGUUCGAUAUGGUUGGCAGAAUUGGAGUCCAGGCCAGCCAGAUGAUCAUCUUGGGAAGGAAGAUUGUGUUGAAAUGUGGGGCUGGGACCAUGGACGUUGGAAUGAUGCAGAUUGCGAGUUGUGGAAAGACAUCAUCUGCAUGAGCCCUGGACCAACACAGUGUGGUCUAAGCAGCUGGGGACAUUGGGGUUCUUGUUCCGACUCGUGCAACCCGGGAACCCAGUAUCGGUAUCGCUCUAUUCAAGUACAGCCUGCCUAUGGUGGCCUCCCAUGCCCUCAUCUGUCUGAAUCACAAAGCUGCAAUACCGGCUUACGUCAGUGCAACAUUGGAGGAAGAUGUUGGUCUAAUGGCUACGUUGAUACUGCUAAUUGUUUGACCUGCAAUGCAUGGUAUACAUGGACGCGCAAUUCCUGGCAAGCACAGUCCGGUGCGAGCUGUAAUGACCGUGACUCCUGCACAAAGAGCGAUGUGUGUCGAAGCGGCUCCUGCUCAGGUACGCGAUACAGUUGCUCAUCAUGUGAAAGCUGCAACGGAGCUGGUGGUUGUAAUGUCAAUGCAUUCCGGUGUAGAAUUCAAGGAAGUUGCUACAAUAAUGGAAAUACCAACAGCCAAUCUCCUCAGUGUCAGUACUGCUCUUCAUCAUGGGGUGGAUCUACUGGCUGGACAAAUCGACCUUAUGGCACAACCUGCUCUGACGGAGACAUUUGUACGCGGAGAGACAUUUGUAACCAGCAUGGUCAAUGUCAGCCAGGAUACAACUACAAACAUGAAUGUGUAUCACCUUGCCAGGCCUGCAGUGCAUCAGGUUACUGUGCUAAUGUCAAGGGAUGUGCUAUCAACGGCAAAUGUGGAUGCUGGAUCGGGGGACGCUGCUACGCUGACCGCACUCCUCAGCCUGGAAAGAAGUGCCACCAGUGCAACUUUGGCCUGAAUCCUUACGGGUGGUCUAGAAUGGCAGAUGGAAGAACGUGUGACGAUGGUAAUCUCUGCACUUACCAGGAUAGAUGCACAAGUGGAGUAUGUGCCGGUACUGGCUACAGCUGUCCUAUUGUUGGUCCGUGUAUGGCCAAGAAUACCUGCAAUGGAAAUGCGCCUUCCCCGCUUGGCUGUGUGGUAACGUACUACGGAACAUCGACUACUUGCUAUCAUCAGAAAGAUCAAUGUGACCACCCGGACACAUCCUGUACUGGCACAUUGGCCGCGUGUGCACACACAUCUCUGAAGCUACUGACUGGAACACCAAUCGUUCUUGGAUCAAUCACCUUACAACAGGCAAGUGAUGGCUCUAAUCUUCCCUUAGGACCUAUCAACCAUUUUCACCUUGGCUCGGUCAGUGGUGGUUUCGUGUCCAGUACGACAUCCAUACAGCUAUUGCUGCAGAAGUACACCGUACCUUGUGACAAAGUUACAUACACUGUGCAACUCUACCACUUAAAAAGCAACUUUGAUGUUCCCGCUGGCGGCAGUGUACUGACACUGUCGGAUGGCAAAACGUCCAUCACUACUCAAUCUGCCAGUGGCGCUGCAGUCCAAAUACCAGUGAAUGCACCUCUGGUUCAAAACAAUGUCUACAGGUUUCGAAUUGCGGCCAGCAAUGUACGGCUCAAUACGCUGAGCUCAGUAUCACUUCCAUUCCUAGUUGACUCAACACCACCGACAUUAACUGGUGUAAUUUAUGAUGGGGCAAAGCCAGCUACCAAGAUUCAAUAUGAAGACAACGAUUAUCAGUCGAAUAUGGUGUCUCUGAGCAUUCACUGGCCCGUUUCGGAAAUCAAAGAUCUUGAAAGCGGCAUUGACCUGACAAGUUACAGAAUGUCCAUAGGAACACUGGCUGGUACUGGCAAUAUACUAUCUGGUCACCAAUGUGCUACUGUUGAUCUUAGCACUGGACAAUGUAAAGCAGCAGGACUCACUCUGGUAAGCGGUACGAAAUACUACUGUACACUGCAAGUUGCCAACAGAGCCGGAUUGCUGUCCAAGUUUUCAUCCGAUGGAAUAACGGCUGAUGAUUCAUCACCAGAAACUGGUCAACUGUCAAUAAAUCUGCCCUCAAGUCUUUCCAACUCCGACCGCGUUCUCAACACCGUUACGCUGGACUUAAAAUUUCAGCUGGCCAACACGAGAGAUACUCAAAGUGGACUGAAAGUACUGGAGUGGCAGAUUUGUGAUACAACAUCCACCGUGGCAGUGUGUUCUAGCCAAGGAUAUAAGAUGUUUGUGUGUUCCGCGUUUCCUUGCACAACUCACAUCACCCAACCGUCAGACAAGAUCACUUCAUCUAAGGGAUUCUUGGACAACCAUAUCUAUACACUGCAGAUUCGAGUGACAAAUCAGGCAGACCUGGUGUCUUCAACGAGCCAGGAGUUUGUUGUCGAUUACACAGCUCCUCGAUCAGGCACGGUGAAUGACGGCCUAGUUGGGGAUGCAAUGUACCAGAGUAGCACCUCGAUCUUGAGUGCAAACUGGAAGGGCUUUAAUGAUGCAGGACUCGGUAUUCACCAUUUCGAAUGGUCUAUUCUCCAGAAUGACAAAGCAACAAAGCUUGUCUAUCCGUACACUGGUGUUGGGAGGAAAACAAAUGCCACUGCAACCGGGCUACAAUUGUCCCAUGCAACAAAGUAUAUUGUAUGUGUGAAGGCUGUGGACAAUGCCGGGAACUCCGCCACUGGAUGUUCGAAUGGAGUCACAAUAGAUGCACAGCCACCAGCCGGAGGUACUGUUCUCGACGUUGAUGUGACAACAGGAACGCUGGUAGACAUUGAUUAUCAAAUGUAUUCAACUCAAUUGCGCAGCAGGUGGCAAGGCUUCACUGCAUUGAGUGGUAUCGCCUCUUACACCUGGGGAAUUGGCACAGCUCCAGGAAAAUACGAUGUAGCCACUGCAAGGCCAUAUGGACUUACAACAAAAGCCAUAGUUCCAGGUCUGAAGCUGACGAGUGGAGUUCGCUACUAUGCUGUGGUAAGCUGCACGAGCAAAGUCGGUCGAACAACAACUGUAUCCAGUGACGGUGUAACCAUCGAUACAAGCCCACCAGUAUCCGGGCAAGUGAUUGAUUUGUGCAGCGAUGGUUGUGCUUCCACGGAUGAUGCCAACUAUACAUCAACUAACACACAGUUCAACCUUCGAUGGGCAGGAUUUACAGACGCACAGAGUGGAAUUCGAAAAUACUACUGGAAUUAUGCGUACUGCGGCCACAGCAUCCUUCUGAAUCCCAGUGAUUUCGAUGCUGGUAGCAACACAGAAAGCAGUGGAAUUGUGGCAGUGACAACAUCCGUACGCUACUGCAUGCAAGUCAGAGCAGUCAACAAAGCAGGCUUGUCUUCAGUAGCUUGGUCAGACGGUGUUCUGGUGGAUAUCACCCCACCAGAUGGCUUUGUUAUUGUUGAUGGAUCUCAUCUUUCUCGAGACCGCGAUCAUCAAAAUGAUCAUACCCAGCUCACUGCGACCUGGUCGAAAUCUUCCGACUUCCAGUCAGGCGUAUCACACUUAACAAUGGCGGCAGGGACAGCGCAAGGAUCAACCAAUGUAAAGUCUGCGGUGAGACUAAAUUCAUCUCUGUCCUCCUAUACACUAACAUCUCUUUCCCUGUCAGACCUGAAUGAGUACUACGUCACAGUGUGCGCAGUAAACAAUGCCAACAUUUCCACAUGCAUCUCAACAGAUGGAGUACUGAUAGACCAAACAGCUCCGACCAAGGGUAUCAUCCUAACUGGGACUGGGUUGGCAGGUCGUUUAUUCCAGUCCAACACAUCCACUCUGGCUGCGCGUUGGUCAGCAUUUGAAGAUAUCCACAGUGACAUUGCUGGCUUCAAAUUGGCGAUUGGUACGACAUCGGAUCCUACAUAUAUCCAGCCAUUCACUGACGUUGGGCUUGCCUUAUCAACAGAAGUAACAAACCUGAAUCUGCAAAGCGGUCAGACAUAUGUUGUAUCUGUAGAGGCUAUCAACACUGCUGGAUCCAACAUUAGCAGUCGAAGUGUUGGAAUAACAAUAGACGACAGCUCUCCAGUUUUUCAACAGAAACCUGUCUUAACUCUGCAAGGUUCCGUAGCCACAUUAAAGUGGCCUGGAGUCGCCGACAAUGUGAGUGGUAUUUGGUAUUACCAAUGGUCACUGGGUGUCUCCUGCAACGGCAAUCAGCUCCUCGGCUACAUCAACGCAGCAAACGUGACGACACAAUCCCAGGCCAAUCUUACCCUCAUCACGGGACAAGUGUACUACGGUAGUGUGGUGGCCCGCAAUCGUGCGGGACAGCACACGCAACGGUGUACUAGCCCUGUGCUGUAUGAUGGCACACCCCCAAGCGUACAGUAUGUGGUAAUUGGCAAAAACACACACCAGAACAUGCUCUACGUGAAGAACACUAGCUAUGUACCAUGCACUUGGUCCCAGCCUAUUGACCAUGAAAGUGGUGUCGGGAAGUGUACUGCUGAUAUCAUCAACGUCAACAGCUCUGCUUUGCUGGGUAGUGCAAGUGAAGAUAACAAUUCAACAUCGCUAAUUGUGCAACUUCACACUGCACCCAAGACAGGUGAGGCACUACAAUGCAGAGUCUCAUGUCUCAAUGGGUUUGGAAUGUCAUCUGCAAAGGUAUCACCGUCGACAAUAGUCGAUGACACUCCACCAGCUUCCAGUCGUGUCCAAGCACAACAGUACUGGUCCAGCACGACGAGACUCACUGCUUCAUGGAGUGCAUGUGUGGAUACAGAGUCGGGCAUUACUGGAUACGAAUGGGCUAUUGGAACAACAACUGAUCCUUACAGUGUUCUGGCCAGUGCAAACGUGGGUCUAAAUCUUGAAGCCACAGCCAGUGGCUUAGCAAUGGUAGAUCAAGGUACAUACAUGGUGACAGUGACUUGUACAAAUGGUGCUGGACUCAACACAACCAUGGCAUCACAGCAAGUCACCAUUGACACUUCACCGCCUGGUCUGAGUGGGCCAGUGCUUGCUACGUUUCAACUAGCACUCAACAGCAUUUCGGCGUCAUGGCCGGCAGCCAUUGACAAGGAGAGUGGCAUUGACGGGUACGCGUGGUCAAUUGGUGUGAAUUCCGGUGGGUGUCAGGUUUUGGACAGCACGUAUAUUGGCAACGUUCUGAAUGCAACCUGCUCUAAUUGCAGUAUCACCGCUGGAGAAAAGUACUAUAUAACUGUACGCGCAAUCAACAGUGCAAAACUGAAGUCCUCAAUGGCAACAUCCGUUCUGAUUUUGGAUACUACACCACCAACGCCUGGUUCUGUCACUUGCAGGGAUGUAAGGACUUCACGUGCCAAAGUCAAAUGUUCCAACUUCUAUGACCGCGAGACAGGUAUCAAAUCAUGCAACUGGGCCUUGAUGAACCAUUCGACUCUCAUCAAUACCAGUUCGACAGGUUGCGAUUGCUCAAACUGCUCAUUUCAAGUUCCUAUUCCCUUUGGAGGUAGUUCCAGUGAUGAUCAGUUCACGAGACUAACAUUGGAUAUCACGUGCACAGACUAUGCCAAUCUCAGUGUCACCAAGUCUGUAAUCGUUGAUAUCACACCGCCUUCCAUCUCCUCACUAACGUGCAGUGCAUUCAGCAGCAAUGUGUCCGCGCUACGGGCAUCGUUCUCUGGAAUCAAGGAUCCUCAAACAUCCAUCAGGCUUCGCUGGUGUGUUGGUCUCAAUGCGCUGCAAGACAUAAUGUCAUGGACCGCUCAGGGUAUUGAUCAGGAGCAGGGCAUACUGCAGUCUUCGGCACUUGCUCUAGUUGGUGGACAGGCAUACACCAUGUACCUGGAGGCAACAAACUCUGAUGAUCUCAGCACGAGAAUGAAUUGCAAAACAUUCAUAGACACCACUCCUCCGAUAGCAGGAAACGUCAAUGAUGGAGAGACUGGUGUGGAUGUGGACUACACACCGAUGUCGAGAGUUAUUUCCGCCAUAUGGUCGGGAUUCCAUGACUCGGAGAGCUCUUUAACAUAUCGCUGGUGCAUCGGACAUAGCAACGACAGGGAGGAAAUGAUGGCCUAUCGCUCGGUUGGUUCUGCAACAGCUGGCACAUGCCACACAUGCAAACUGGUCUCUGGAGUGAAGUACAUUGUGACAGUGCAGGCUAUCAACAAGGCAGGAUUGGUAACGACGAUAUCCUCCGAUGGUAUCAUGCUCGACUCUUCGCCUCCCACUCAAGGCUAUGUACAGGAAGGCUCUGACAAGCAACAGUACCUUGUUGUGUAUCACCUUGGUCCCAGUGCACCAUCUCUGUACUGGAAUGGCUAUGCGGAUCAACAGUCCGGUAUAGACUCCUGCUCAUUAUCAAUCAGAACGGAAAAUGACUCUGUACUCUGGGAAAGGGAAAACACUGGCGUGAACGAGUCACCUCUGACUCCCAAUGUCACCCUACCCUCUGGUGAGACACUCUUUACACACAUUGCUUGCAAGAAUGGUGCUGGUCUGGAAAGUAAGAGGAGCUCGAGCGGAUUUGUAGUUGAUAUUACACCGCCUUUACCGGGAGCUGUCAGCGUCACAUGGGCUACGAUUCAGGAUGAUAUGCCAGCACUGCGCAUAACCUGCAGUGGUUUCAAGGAUCCAGAAUCUGGUCUUGCAAAUUUCGACAUUGUCCUUCACGACAACAGCACACAGAUGGUGGCGCUGGUGAACAGUGUACGGGUGAAUGCAUCAUUUACACUUCCAGUCUCCAACACAACUGAUGGUGAGCUGUAUCAGGCAACAGUGACGGCACGCAAUGGUGUCGGCUUAACGACGCAGGUGAAAAGCAAACCAUUGGUGUUCGAUAGUACUGCGCCGUCGAUAGGCGCAGUACUAGAUGGACCACCAGGCACCUACGAUAUGAACUACACGAACAGUACAACUUUGAUCGAGGCUCAUUGGGAGACCAUCACAGAUCUGGAUAGUGGCAUUGAAGAAUUCCAUUUUGCUAUUGGCACAAGCCCAGGUGGAACUCAGAUCUUGAACUACACCGCUGCUGGUACGAAUACUUCUGCUUCAUGUGGACCACCUUUGUGUCUGAUAGAGGGUGGUGGUAUGGUGUACUUCACCACAGUACGAGCUGAAAAUGGUGCUGGAAAAGUAUCAUGGUUCACCUCUGAUGGAGUUACAGUUGACAACACACCACCAAUAACAUCAGUGAUUACGCUGAACAAUCAGACAACUGAUCAGGCUGUGUACUUGACUGCGAACGGUUCAUUAGAUGUGAGCUGGGAGAAUGCAACUGAUCUGGAAAGUCCCAUAGCAGAUUACAGUAUUUGUCUUGGCAGUGCAGCAGAGCGUUGUGAUGUAGAGCAAUGGACAUCAACUGGACUGAUCACGUCUUUCAACCAGCAGUUCAACCCGGAAAAGCUAUCAGGAACUACCUCAGCAGUAGCUAACGUCAAGAUCACUAAUGCAGCCGGUUUGUUCUCGGUGAUGACAUCAUCAUCUGUAGUCAUCAUUGACAACAGCCCACCAGAGAAAGGUCACGUGAUCGAUGGGCAUGGAAUGUCUGACAUCGACUGCCAGGAUUCAACCGUACCGUUAGCUGCUCAGUGGAGUGGCUUCACGGAUACAGAGAGCUAUAUCGUUGCAUACGAGUGGGCCAUUGGCUCACAACCUUACUCUGACGACAUUAAUGGAUGGGCGUCUGCUGGCCUGAAUCAGUCAGCUGAGAUCUCCUCUUCAGCAUUGAGCAAGUUAAGUGAUUUCGUGUUUGUCACAGUUCGGGCGAUAAAUGGUGCUAGUCUCUCUACGGAAGCAGCUUCAGAUGGUGUACGACUGCUGCAUGACCUUGAUCGUGGACCAAGUGGACGCACGGAUGUCGCCAACCUUUGCAUCUCCUAUGCCGAGGAUUCUCAGCCAUAGAGAACCAUCCGUUGAACAUCCUGAACUACUUGAAAAGUACUAAGGAUAAUGUGAACAAACUGUCAGUAUGGUUGAGAAAUCUAAUGUACAUGUGUAUCAUAUUGUUUUGCACGUGCAUGCAUGGUCGCAAUUUUGCUUUCUAUCAUCCCACUGUACUGGGAAUGUGUUUACCUAUGGAGCACACCAGCAGUGUAGGCCCUUUUCAACUUAAAGUAGUCCUGGUUUUAUUUCUCUUUGGCCCUUGUAGUGGAUGCACUGACAAUUUAGCUGUACUUGCCUGCCUGGCUUUUCCUUUGAUCUCUCUGUCGUUCUCUGUAUUCCCACACACUUGUGAUUUGUAGUAACGAAGCUAGUUACAAGAUGUCUUUGGUGCGUUUGUAGAACCACUACAGCCCUGUUCUCUUUUAAGAUUGCAGGUCAGCGUUGUGUUUACCUCUGGCUUCUGGCAUGAUUCCGAGGCUAGUACCAAAUGAAUUGCAGCCACAUAA